UUUUCAAAUUACAUACCAAGGUGGAAAUAAAAAUACAAAAAUUUGAGUUAGCAACGAAAGAAUGGUAACUUUCUCUUUCAUGCCUUGUAAUUCCAUUUUGCAGCCUAGAGCUAGCAUCAAGACACAUGGAAAUGGAAGUGUCACCAAUUAUCGUACGAACGUUGCUCGCAAUCCAGCAAUUGAGCGGCUGCAGUAUAACUACUUAUUCCCAGAGAUAUCCGCACGUGAAGCACAACACAUAGAAAAGUAUCCUAACGCGAAAGUUAUAAGCCUUGGGAUUGGUGACACCACUGAGCCAUUGCCGAAUGUUGUUGCUUCGAGUAUGGCUAAUUUUGCACUCAGCCUUGCAACACCAAAAGGUUACCGAGGGUACGGACCAGAGCAAGGGAGCAAAGAGCUAAGAAAAGCAAUUGUAAAAACAUUUUACAAAAACAUCGCUAUAAAAGACACGGAAGUAUUUGUAUCAGACGGUGCACAGUGUGAUAUCUCACGCCUUCAGGCUUAUAUAGAUUCAAGCAUCAUAAUUGGUCAAACUGGAGAUAUCGAGAGUGAGUCGGGAAGGUAUAGGAACAUCGAGUACAUGAAAUGCGGACCACAUAAUAACUUCUUUCCCGACCUCUCACAAACCACGCGAACAAAUGUCAUUUUCUUUUGCUCCCCAAAUAACCCAACCGGACAUGCAGCUUCUCGUGACCAGUUAGAGAGACUCGUGCAGUUUGCGCAAGAAAAGGGGUCUAUUAUCGUGUAUGACUCGGCCUACGCUGUUUACAUAAAGGAUGGAAGUCCUCGCUCCAUUUACGAAAUCCCAGGGGCUCAAAAGGUGGCAAUAGAAGUUUGUUCAUUCUCCAAGAUUGUUGGGUUUACAGGGGUUCGUCUUGGGUGGACUGUGGUUCCAGAGGAGCUUAUGUAUUCAAAUGGGUUUCCAAUUAUAGAAGACUUUAAUCGCGUUAUGUGCACUUGCUUUAAUGGAGCUUCACGAAUAGCUCAGGCUGUUGUGGAUAAUUACAUGGAGAAUGCAGAGAUACUACUGAAGACAUUUGAAUCAGUGGGGUUGAAAGUGUAUGGAGGUGUAAACGCGCCUUAUCUAUGGGUGCAUUUUCCCGGUUCCAACUCGUGGGACAUCUUUAACGAGAUUCUCCAAAGGACACACAUAAUAACUGUGCCGGGAAGCGGAUUCGGGCCCGCGGGUAAGGAGUUUAUAAGGAUUACGGCGUUUGGGAGUCGAGAAAACAUCCUAGAAGCUUCUGACAGGCUGAGAUGCUUCCUGUUAUUCAAAUCCAGUGAAUAG